AAAAGCCUCCAGAAAAACCCAAAGCAAAGCACAAUUCCUUUCCGCCGCGCCAUCAUGAAGAUCUUCGCCGCGCUAUUCGUCAGUAGUCUGUCCUCAGCUUACGCAAAUCCAAUCACAUACGUGACGGAUUCCAAAAUCGUACAGCGCGGCACGCCAACCACGCGCGACGCGACUUCCGUCCAGGAAAACGUCAGCCUCUGCACUCAGUACGCUUACUAUGCGACCAACAAUUAUGAGAUUUUGAACAACCUGUGGGGAAAGGACUCGGCUACCUCAGGCUCUCAGUGCACUUACUUCGAAGGCACCUCCGGAUCUGGGAUCAAGUGGAGCUCGACCUGGACAUGGCAAGGUGGCGAGAACAACGUCAAAAGCUACGUUUACGCUGGCCGUCUCCUCACCAAAGGUAACACGGUUGCCAAGGUUAAAACCAUGCAGUCCCAGAUCAAUUGGAGCUAUAACACCACCAACAACGUACGCGCAAAUGUGGCGUAUGAUAUCUUCACAGCGUCAGACCCUAAUCACGUCAACAGUAGCGGCGACUAUGAGCUCAUGAUUUGGCUCGGUCGCCUCGGUGGCGUCUGGCCCAUUUCACAAGCAGGUGCUCCAAUAGCCACGGUCACGAUCGCGGGCUACGCGUUUGACCUCUACUUCGGCUACAAUGGAUCAAUGAAGGUGUACAGCUUUGUUAGAUCCGGAAGUAAUGAUAUAACCAGUUUCAAGGCCGACAUUAAGUUAUUCUUCGACUAUCUGGUCAAGAAUCAGCAGUAUCCUGCGAGCUCGCAGAAUCUGAUUGUCUAUCAGAUCGGUACCGAGGCGUUCACUGGCGGGCCUGCUAAGUUCUCUGUCUCAACCUUCAGUGCAGACCUCACCACUUAGGAGCAGCGAAGUUGACCAAAACAGGAAGAGAUGAGCUAUGGACAGAUUCUUGUUGAAAUCACCAGCCAAGCUUGCAGCGUCGACUCAGCGUGGGGAGGUUGUGAGGUACACGCACUUCACAUGCAUCAUCAUUUCAACGUCUUCAAGUUUUAACUCGUGAUACGAGCUGCUCAAUAUUGAUAAUCUGGUUUAUCCUGAAUAUCUGCUCACAGUUCGCACGUAGAUUAUAUGGCAGACUCCUAAAUUGUCAGAUAUCCUAAACUUACAUGUCAGUGCAGCGAUCACUUGUUGGAUUGAUAAAGAUCACGGAC